GUCAACGUACAACGGGAUUCGGGAUUGGGUAACUCUGAUAGCAGAUAGGUGCUCAUUUGGAACUUGUACAAAAGCUCAAUUCUUGUAAGUUCAUAGAACAGUUUAGACUUACCGAACUAAAUACUAUACAUUAUUUAGUACUGAUAUUCAUAAAUCAACGAACCAAACAUUUUACUCAAACAAUUUCUAAGGCCCUUUUUUCGGGCAUUAUCAAGGCCAAUGUCUAAAAGUAGGGAUUUUGCAGGAAACGUUCAACAAAUAGAUGGAUAUAAUGGAGAAAAAUUGAUAUACCCAGCUGCUUCACGAAAUAAAGAACCAAUAUUGCAAGUUCUCAAAAGAUUUAUUCUUUGUGAUGUUGAUGAAAUUGAAAAUGAAAGUCCAUUGUUCCUUGAAAUAGCAUCAGGAUCUGGCCAGCAUGUAGCUCACUUUGCUCCCAAUUUUCCAGGUGUCAAAUUCCAACCAAGUGAAGUUGAUAUGAAUUUAUUUGGAAGUAUUUCAUAUUAUGCUAAUAACUGUCAUACAAAUAAUGUAUUGCAACCUAUAUUAUUAGAUGUACGGAAUAAGUUUUCAAAGUAUGGUUUUGAAGAGAACACAAUUGAUUAUAUGUAUAGUGCUAAUUUGAUCCAUAUCAGCCCUUACGAUUGUACGAUAGGGUUAUUCCAAAAUGCAGGCUCAUAUUUAAAAUCUGAAGCCCUCAUGAUUACUUAUGGACCUUACAGUAAAGAUGGUGUCAUAACACCACAAAGUAACAUUGAUUUCAAUUCCUCUCUUAAGGCUAGAAAUCCAUCAUGGGGAUUGAGAGAUAUAAGUGAUCUCAUCAAAUUAGGAGAAGAUAAUAAUUUAUCACUUAUAGACACUGUAGAGAUGCCUUCAAAUAAUUAUACAUUAAUUUGGAAAAAGGAUUAGUGCUAACAUUACAUAAAUUAGUGAUUACAUUACAUGUAUAACCAAAUAAAAAUAUUUACAAUACAGUGACAUAAAUAGUAGAGUACAUGAGUACAAAGUAUACCAUAGCUAUGUAUUAUACCAAUUUUGUGAUAUAUAUUUAAACUCUUAGCAUUACACUUUGUACAUUGCAAUGUGAAAAAUUUUAUGGUGCUUUUGUAUAUUAUCAUUUUUAUACAAUUAUUGCAUUUCCUGUUGGUACAGAUCUGCUUUGUAACCUACUCAUAUUUUAAUUAAAAGUAAAAAUAAGUUGGUAUAAAUUA